GCUGUCCAGAAUAUGAAAGUUGGAGUUUUCAUUUUGUGGUGGGGAUGGGUUUGGGCCACUGAAAGCAAAGUGCAUGGACGAGGAGAAGUAAACGAGAUGUCCAAGAAAGGCAGCAGGGAACAGAAACAAUGACCAGAAGUACACAAAGAUGUCAACAAGUAAGACAGCCCAAUUCUGAAGCGAAGCCCUGAUAUCACCAAAUCGCCACUGACCAAGUCAGAGCAGCUUCUGAGGAUAGACGACCAUGAUUUCAGCAUGAGGCCCGGCUUUGGAGGUCCGGCCAUUCCUGUGGGUGUGGAUGUGCAGGUGGAGAGCCUGGACAGCAUCUCAGAAGUCGACAUGGACUUCACGAUGACCCUCUACCUGAGACACUACUGGAAGGACGAGAGGCUGUCCUUCCCGAGCACCAACAACCUCAGCAUGACCUUUGACGGCCGGCUAGUGAAGAAGAUCUGGGUCCCAGACAUGUUUUUUGUGCACUCCAAGCGUUCCUUCAUCCACGACACCACCACGGACAACGUCAUGCUGCGAGUGCAGCCCGACGGGACCGUGCUCUACAGCCUGCGGGUUACAGUGACUGCAAUGUGCAACAUGGACUUCAGCCGAUUUCCCCUGGACACACAAACGUGCUCCCUUGAGAUUGAAAGCUAUGCCUACACGGAGGAUGACCUCAUGCUGUACUGGAAAAAGGGCAACGACUCCUUAAAGACUGAUGAGCGGAUCUCACUCUCCCAGUUCCUCAUUCAAGAAUUCCACACCACCACUAAACUGGCCUUCUACAGCAGUACAGGCUGGUACAACCGUCUGUACAUUAACUUCACGUUGCGACGCCACAUCUUCUUUUUCUUGCUCCAAACUUACUUUCCGGCCACCCUGAUGGUCAUGCUGUCCUGGGUCUCCUUCUGGAUCGACCGCAGAGCUGUGCCCGCCAGAGUCCCUUUAGGUAUCACCACCGUGCUGACCAUGUCCACCAUCAUCACGGGCGUGAACGCCUCCAUGCCCCGCGUCUCCUACAUCAAGGCAGUGGACAUCUACCUGUGGGUCAGCUUCGUGUUCGUGUUCCUGUCGGUGCUGGAGUACGCAGCCGUCAACUACCUGACCACGGUGCAGGAGCGCAAGGAGCGCAAGCUGCGCGAGAAGCUUCCUUGCAGCUGUGGAAUAUCCCAGCCUCGCGGUGUCAUGCUGGAGGGCAGCUACAGCGACGGGGAGGUUAAUGACCUGGGCAGCUACAUACCGGAGAAUGGAGAAAAGCCGGACAAGAUGAUGGUGCAGCUGACCUUGGCCUCGGAGAGGAGCUCCCCGCAGAGGAAAAGCCAGAGGAGCAGCUACGUGAGCAUGAGGAUUGACACCCAUGCCAUUGACAAAUACUCCAGGAUAAUUUUUCCAGCGGCAUAUAUUUUAUUCAAUUUGAUAUACUGGUCUAUUUUCUCAUAA